GGCAGGUGGAGAUAUGAGCAAGACCAGAUCCAGCUGGGACAAGAGGGCCCCCCAGGGGCCUGCCCUCACCAGGGUGACCCGUAGCUGCAUUCCCCAGGCCAGGCACAUAGAGCCACCCCAGCCCCAGGACUCUGGGCCUGGCCCACAUGGGACCCAGCAGAGGAAGCAGACAGACUCAGCCCUACCCCUGGCCCAGGACCUCAGUCUAAUGAGUGUGAGUGGACAGGACACCUCACUACCACGGUAAUUCCAGUUACAUUAGUCAUGCAGAAUAUUUUCAGUAAUCCAGUUGGAUGGAUAGUUGUACUUCUUGCAUUUGGGAAGACCUGAUUGUUUGAUAAAUCGAUGUAUUCUGCUCUCUAUUCCAUUACACAGCAAAUACCUUUUAUAAAAUUGAGAACAGCACAACAUUGGAGAUUCUGGAGUCGCAGAUGUGACAAUAAGAUUGAAUAAUGAUUUUCUAACUUUGUUUCAGGAAAGGGAGGGUGUUUAAGGGCAGCAGUGGCCCCAUCCAGGGGGGUCCGUCGUCCUCUGGCUCUAAGCCCACACAGAGCUCCCCCUCUCGGCCGGCAGUGAAUCCCUCUCCCCGGGGGGGCCUGGCUGCUGUGUCUCGGCUGGUGAAGCUGGGCCGCUGCAAGAACGUGGUGGUGGUGGCCGGCGCAGGCAUCAGUACGGCCAGCGGUAUCCCAGACUUUAGGUGGGGUUGUGGGUGCAUGUCCUCUGGGUUCUAGAGUAUACUCUCUCUCUCGCUUGUUUUUGUCUCACUCCAAUGUGUGUUUCUAUGCUCCCUCCCACUAGGACCCCGGGCACAGGGCUGUACGCCAACCUGGCCAAGUACAACAUCCCCUACCCGGAGGCCAUCUUCAACAUCGAGUACUUCUCCAAUGACCCUCGGCCAUUCUUCUCCCUGGCGAAGGAGCUGUACCCGGGCAGCCACCGACCCAACUACAUCCACUACUUCAUCCACAUGCUGCACCACAAGGGCCUGCUGCUCCGCAUGUACACCCAGAACAUUGACGGCCUGGAGAAGAGUGAGUUUGGGGGGGGGCUGGAUGGGUCUUUUGAGAAAAUGAAUCAGCUCAUAAGUUUAUAAGGACAUUAGCUAUAUUUGAAGUCUACUCGUCCUUCAAUAAAAGGUGUGGUAGAAAACAGAAAGCACAGGGUUUCAGAGCUGCACAGAAUUUCAGCAUGCCAUCAUAGUGACAGAACAGGGGCAGGGGUUAAACUUAAACAGGCAGUAUCAUCUCAAACAACUGACAUUUAAAGACGUGAGAAAGGACAUCACAAUCCAUGUUUCAUCCUCUCCCCUUAACAGUAAGUGGCAUCCCAGACGAGAAGCUUGUGGAGGCUCAUGGCAGUUUUGCAACUGCUUCCUGUCACCUGUGCUACACCCCGUUCCCUGCACAGGAGGCCAAGGUAAACUGGGGCAAAGGUCACCAGCCCAUGCCAAUUACAGGUGGUCAGCAAAAUAUCAGAAAUGAAAAUAACUUAUUAAUUCACAAAAUCCACAAAGAGAUGGAAAUAAUAAGCCACCAGUUUGUAACACAGAUGAAUAUGGACUUGAUUCAGUGUUUGCGUUUUAAGAAUAUUCAAGACACUCAAAAGCUAGGGCUAAACAGCCUAAAGUAGCCCAUGGAAAUCUUUGACCAACUUCUUCUUCUCUUUGAUGACCGUCUCUUCCAGAGUGCCAUAAUGAGUGACGAGGUCCCGGUCUGUACAUUCUGCCAGGCCACGGUCAAACCGGACAUAGUGUUCUUUGGAGAGGACCUUCCUGAGAAGUACUUCCAGCAUUCUAAAGACUUCCCUAAAGCCGACCUGCUCAUCAUCAUGGGCACGUCUUUACAGGUGAACCUAAAAACUCUGUAAAGCGUCUGCAGAAAUUAAACGUAUAUAGGAUACUAACACAGGACCGCACCACACGGCCAACUACUCCACACUAUUUGUCACUUGAGUUCAGUUGCCUUUACAAACUUAAAAACAGCCUAAGACCUAUGUUGAAAAUAAGCACACACAAAAAAGUGAACCAAUGUCAUAACAUCAGCUUUCUUUCUAUGGAUCUGACUCACCAUGUCUCACAUCACGUGGUUUCUGCCAGAUCGAGCCCUUUGCCAGCCUGGUGAACACAGUGAGGUCCACGGUCCCGCGGCUGCUCCUGAACCGGGACGCAGUGGGUCCCUUUCAGAAGGUGCCCCUGAGGAGGGGCGACUACAUAGAGCUGGGCGACCUGCUGGACACGGUCAGGAGGUUUGCCGAAUUCCUAGGGUGGCAUUCCGAUAUCCAAGACCUGAUGACCAGUCAGGAAACUGGGGUAUGUACAAUGCAACACUUUCUACAUAUAUUCAGUUUAUAGGCCAGUGUCAUUUCUAGUGGCAUCUGCUUAAAAUGUAGGCUGUUUGGACUAGCUUGCUCUCUCUUGGUUUGUCAUGGGCAUAGAUUAGUAUUUUUCUGUGUUGUGAACUAAACUGGUUAUGUCAUUUCUCUGCAGACCAUCCCUACUCUGGUAAGCAGUGUUCCAGUAAGCAAUGUUCCAUCAGGAAAUGGCCGGGGCCGAGGAGGGCCCACCCAGACCAAAGCCACCGGCCUGGGGAGGAGAGGGGCGUCGGAGCCCCGAGGAAGGUUGCCCCCUAAGUCCAGGCCAGGGGCCCGGGGCCCCACCAAUGGCAGCAGUGAGGAGAGCGACUCAGAGACAGACAGCAAGAGCACAGUGUCAUCCAGCCCAAGUAACUGAAACUGAACAUGUCCCCUUGGCCCCCCAAAAAAGACACUCACUUUUAUUGGUUGAGGAAAUACUGGAAAAGGUUUGUGUCAGCGUCUGCUGACGUGUGCAUGUGUACAGUAUGAAUGUUUCAAAUCAAUGCAAAUUAGAAGCACUUAACUUUUUUCAAAUCCACUCAACAGCCCAUUCAAACGGUCACAUUUUCAGCACAUAAGUGAACCUCCUCGUUGUUUGAAAUGGUCGGCCAAAGUGAGGAUUCUGGGUUUGUCUAAAUGGGGUGGGGGUGGUGU